ACUGGGAUUUGUGCAUGUUACUCCUUUUGGUAGCCAAUCUUAUAAUCCUCCCCGUUGCUAUCAGUUUUUUUAACGAUGACUUGAGCACGCGGUGGAUUGCCUUCAAUUGUCUAUCAGACACCAUAUUUUUAAUCGAUAUCGUGGUCAAUUUUAGAACAGGUAUAAUGCAACAAGAUAACGCGGAACAAGUAAUAUUAGACCCUAGGUUAAUCGCCAGGCACUACCUGAGGACAUGGUUCUUCCUCGAUCUCAUAUCGUCCAUUCCCUUAGAUUAUAUUUUUCUUAUAUUUAACCAAUUCCAGGAUUAUGGCGACAGUUUCCAAAUUUUGCAUGCCGGCCGAGCACUGCGCAUACUCCGACUUGCCAAGCUGCUUUCAUUGGUCCGACUGCUUCGAUUAUCUCGGCUUGUGCGUUAUGUCAGUCAAUGGGAAGAAGUUUACAUUCCCAUUUAUCAACACCCGCUAGAAAGGAAACCCGAAAAUGCUGCCAAGGACACGCACAUCUUUUCGGCUAAAACCAGACCCACCAGUGAGAUCUUGCAGAACCUCCAAAAAAAGAGAACGGAAAGGAGGGGGCGCCUCAGUUCGGACGUCGACAAGUCAAAAACGAGCAAUCUCAUCUUUAAGUUUUUAAAUAUGGCCAGUGUAUUUAUGCGGAUUUUUAACCUCAUAUGUAUGAUGCUUCUCAUUGGCCAUUGGUCGGGUUGUCUGCAAUUUCUGGUGCCUAUGCUUCAAGGAUUUCCUUCCAAUUCCUGGGUUGCAAUUAACGAGCUGGAGCAUGCAUUUUGGUUGGAGCAGUAUUCCUGGGCACUUUUUAAGGCCAUGUCUCACAUGUUGUGUAUCGGGUACGGCAGGUUUCCGCCCCAAUCUUUGACCGACAUGUGGCUGACAAUGCUCUCUAUGAUAUCCGGGGCUACGUGCUACGCUUUAUUUCUAGGUCACGCAACGAAUCUCAUCCAAAGUUUGGAUUCUUCGAGAAGGCAAUAUCGGGAAAAGGUAAAGCAGGUAGAGGAGUACAUGGCGUAUAGAAAACUACCAAGGGAAAUGCGUCAAAGAAUAACAGAAUAUUUCGAGCAUCGCUACCAGGGGAAAUUCUUCGAUGAAGAAUUGAUUUUAGGAGAGCUUUCGGAAAAACUACGAGAAGAUGUGAUAAAUUAUAACUGUCGUUCAUUGGUGGCAUCUGUGCCAUUUUUCACAAACGCAGAUCCAAAUUUCGUUUCAGACGUAGUUACGAAAUUAAAAUAUGAGGUCUUCCAACCAGGGGAUAUAAUAAUAAAAGAAGGUACGAUAGGUGCGAAGAUGUAUUUUAUCCAGGAGGGCAUUGUGGAUAUUGUGAUGGCAAACGGAGAGGUGGCGACCAGCCUGAGCGACGGUUCCUAUUUCGGCGAAAUUUGCCUACUGACGAACGCACGUCGUGUUGCAUCCGUCCGCGCUGAAACCUAUUGUAACUUGUUCUCACUUUCCGUCGACCAUUUUAACGCAGUGUUAGAUCAGUACCCGCUCAUGCGACGAACCAUGGAGUCCGUCGCCGCGGAGAGGUUGAAUAAAAUAGGAAAGAAUCCAAACCUGGUCGCACAUAAGGAAGAAGACCUGGGAAGCGAGAGCAAAACCAUAAACGCUGUCGUAAACGCUCUAGCGGCUGAAGCCGAUCAUGUGAACGCGUCCGAUGAAUCGAUGGCCCGAUUGCACGCGAGCGACCGUAGUCUACAUGAACUUGGUCGAACGCUGAAGAAACUCGCCCUGCCCAGGCCGAAAUCGGAAAAUAACUUCGCAUCGCAGGACAUCCCUUUAACGAGGAGUAGUGAAAACAGUGGUCGACCGUCGUUUCAUAAAUCGGACACGUUUCACAAGGAAUCGUCCUUCCAAUGACGCCACUCCACGCACUAGUGCUCUGUAAGUCCCAUUGCGGCCAUAUGCAGCGGCUGGUAAAAUUGAAAUUACUAUCUUCAGCCAGCUGGGUCUCUUCACGAUAUCAUGAGUGCUGGUGCGUGACAGGAGCUUUGGCGUGUUGUGCAUAACAAAAGCAAUACAUGGAUUGGAUAUUUGCUAGAUUUGUGCAAUAUUAGAUUAUGGUUACUUUUUUAGCAAAGAAAAAAAAAAAGAAAAGUUAGAUGCUCAAUUACUCCAUUAAAAGGCGAUUCGAAUCCUUAAUUGCUGCUGAAUGUUUUGUUACGUUUUAUUAGGCUCUUGUUAAGCACACAGUACAUCCUUUACAAUCGCGUUGUAAAAAAUAUCGCAAUUAUAAGAAGGUUGUUUACAAAAGAACAAACCGAAUUUUAUUAGUAAAGUCAAGCAUUAGGUAUCAAAACGGCACAUAACACAUACAGACACAGCUAGUGAAUGAAUUGCUAACUAACAUUAAUAAAAAGUAGGCCUAAUAAGAAAGGGAAUUAAUAGUCACUUGUCUACUUGUAUGACUUUCAAAUAGGUACCUAACAAGAAAACCAUUAUUAUUUUACGUUAAGUAUUAUACUAUAUUUAUUUUACUGAAAAAGAAUGUUUCACACCGUUAAUGCUAGUGCACAGAUACUUGUAUAUUUUGUACAUAUAUUGUAUAUCGCAGCUAGACCUUAGCUGGAAUAUAAAACGACAUGGUUGAUAUAAAAUGAUGACGUUUGAUAGCUGUGAUCUUAAAAUGAUUGUCAUCAUUUAUAUAGUCUAUUGAAGUAUUUUAUUUAUCCAGUUGAUUUAAUCUAAGAGAGUUAAUCUGAAUGUUUAUUACUGACCACAAAUUUUUUUAUUGGAAAUUCAAUUUUUUAGAAUCGUUAUAAUUACAAACUAAGUAAUUAAGAAAUAAAUGUGUUAAUAGCUUACUUGAAAUUUAUUAUUAUAUAAACAAGCAUAUUAAACCUCUCAGAUUAUCUUUUGUCCGUAUCUACCGAAUCUAAAGCGUUUAAAAUU